AUGGAAAACAAGCUUCAGAUUCAGAGCAGUCUCACAUCUUACCUUUCUUCCUUGGAAUUUGAAAGCUUCCUCAAGCACAGGAAGAGGCUCAGGAGUGCGGGGUCUCCCAUGGAGUUUGUCGGUUAUGAGGUAGAGCUGUUUGCCACCAAGUGCAGCGGCUGCGCCAAGGCGAUUGGCCCCUCCCAGUUCAUCAUGCGGGUGCUGGGCAGCGUGUACCACGUCGAGUGCUUCAGCUGCUGUGAGUGCGAGCGCCACCUGCAGCGGGGUGAUGAGUUUGUGCUGAAGGAGGGCCAGCUCCUCUGCCGCAGUGACUACGAGAAAGAGAGGGAAAUGUUGAGUGGGAUCAGCCCCACCCCAACCAACUCAGUGAAAAGCGAAGACGAGGAAGCUGAAACACUUGGGCAGGCCCAGGGCAAGGGCAGCAACGAGGGCAAGGACCACAAGAGGUCCAAACGCCCGCGGACGAUACUCACCACCCAGCAGAGACGGGCCUUCAAGGCUUCCUUUGAGGUGUCGUCCAAGCCUUGCAGGAAGGUGAGGGAGACACUAGCUGCAGAGACAGGCCUCACUGUCCGGGUUGUACAAGUUUGGUUUCAAAACCAAAGAGCCAAGAUGAAGAAGCUAGCCCGAAGGCAACAGCAGCAACAGCAGCAACAGCAGCAGGAGCAAGAGCAGCUGAACUGUCAGCGGAUGGGCACCCGGCGUAACUCGAAUCGAGGGGCAAGGCAGCACAACGAGGACAGUGAAGAUGCAGCGACUGCUCCCAGAAUGGAAAGGAUGACGGUUUCCUACUCUUCUCUGCAACGUCAGCAGCUGAUGCCAAUGGACCAACAUGGCUACAGCACAGACCACUUCAGACAGGGACUCUCCCCGCCACAGAUGCCAGGUGAUCAUAUGCAUCCUUAUGAUUCCGAUGCCGGCUUCCACGACAUGGACCGUGAUGGUUCCCUCGGUCAUCUGGGAGACUGUCUCCUGGUCCCACCCGACUCGAACCUCCCCCCAGCAAGAGUGGGAAACCCCAUAGACCGGCUGUAUUCCAUGCAGGACUCCUACUUCGCCUCCUGA